GUAGCUGCAGCUGUGUGGGAUACGCUCAGUGCUCAGACGGCAAAGAAAGAGAGCGAGAAAAAGACCGGCGAGAGCUCAACCAUACGGAGCGUUAAAGCCAAUCUGCGUUUUCUUCCUUCUGCGGAUUUUCUUUCGUCCCGGAUCGGAUCUCGGAUAUCAUCCGGCCUAUUAUGUGAUCCGCAUUUAAAAUGAGUCUGGUGGAAUGAGAAGACAGGUCAUGGGCAGAUGAUGGACGUUGAGUCAUCAUACUCGGAUUUCAUUAAUUGUGAUCGCACGGGCCGCAGGAACGCAGUGCCGGACAUUAAGGGAGACGGAACAGCGGUGGGCACCAGUGAACUGACCAAAGACAUGGCUCAGAUAGACCUGAAGGCAGGAGAGGCCGAUGCUGCCGGGGCUCCUGCCGCCGAAGCAGAAGCCUCGAGUAGUCAGGAGCAAGCUAAAGAAGGAGCGUCUUAAAGAUGAAGCAGCUAAAAGGGGAGAACCAGCACCUCCUCCUCUCUCGUUCCCCCACACUGUGUGCGGUGAGGAGCUGCUCUGAGACGGGCAUACUUCAUGUGCCUGAACGCGCUUGCGUCCUUGACAGACUCCUGGAGAAAUCUCUACACAGAACGGAUUUGCCAUGUACAACAACACACUCCAUGUUGCGUUAUUCCUGCCAUUCCUUAGAGGGAGCACUGACUUUUUGAUGCCUUUUCCACUCUGAACAUGAAUUAUGUGGAAAAUAUGAGACCCUGGGUUCAGAACUUCAUGAUCUCAAACAAAGAAAUACCAAAUAACACACGUGCUGAGGAUUCUGAAUCAAUUUGAUAGUUUUUUUUUUUUUUUUUUUUUU